AUGAACCACUCCACUUAGACCACCUGUCUUGUACCGAGUUCUAGGCCGGCCAUUUCAUUCAUGCAGCAAUUGGGGUGGCUCCUCUUGGCUCUCCCUCUCGUCAUCCCACCUCUCCUCCUCCUCAAGCUCAGGAAGCGUGAUGGCAACGAUGGGCUGAGGUUGCCGCCGGGACCGUGGCAGCUGCCGGUCAUCGGCAGCCUCCACCACCUCGUCCGCAGCCCGCUCGCCCACCGCGCCAUCGCCGACAUGGCGCGGCGGUUCGACGCGCCCAUCGUCUACCUCAGGCUCGGCGAGAUCCCCGUCGUCGUCGCGUCGUCCCCGGACGCCGCGCGCGAGGUCAUGAAGACGCACGACCUCAACUUCGCCACGCGCCCGUGGGGCCCCACCACCCAAGCCAUAAGGGCGGAGGGCGAGGGGGUCGUGUUCGCGCGCUACGGCGCCCUGUGGCGGCAACUCCGCAAGAUCUGCGUCCUGGAGCUGCUCAGCGCCCGGCGCGUCCAGUCGUUCCGCCGCGUCCGGGAGGAGGAGGUCGGCUGCCUUGUCACCGCCAUCGCGGCGUCCACGCCCGGCGAGGCCGUCAACGUCAGCGAGCGGAUCGCCGCGCUCGUCGCGGACUCGGCGGUGCGCGCCAUGAUCGGCGACCGGUUCGAGCGGCGGGAGGAGUUCCUGGAACACCUCGCCGAGGGGAUAAAGAUCUCCGCCAGAUUCAGCGUCCGCGACCUGUUUCCGUCGUCGAGGCUCGCGAGCUUUGUCGGCAGAACGACGCGUUGGGUUCAGGACAACCAUCGAAAGCUGCUGGAGCUGAUGGACAGCGCCAUCCAGCAGCACCAGGAGCGGAGGGCUGCCAUGGAUUCGGCUGCAGGCGGCAGCUCCGAGCAGCAGGAGGAUCUAGUGGACGUGCUCCUGAGGUUGCAGAAGGAAGGUGGCCUCGAGGUGCCGCUCACCAUGGCAAUUAUCAAGGAACUCAUCCUUGAUCUUUUUAUUGCCGGGAGCGAGACAUCCGCAAAUGCACUCCAAUGGGCCAUGGCGGAGCUAGUGAGAAACCCAAAACUGAUGCAGAAGGCACAAGAUGAGCUGCGCGACAAGAUGGAAGGGAAGCCCACUGUCACCGAAGAUGACUUGGUUGGCCUCAAGUACAUAAAACUCAUCAUCAAAGAGACACUAAGGGUACACCCGGUUGUACCAAUGCUUCUCCCAAGAGAGUGUCGAGAGUCUUGCAAGGUCAUGGGAUACGACAUACCUAAGGGAGCUACGGUGUUUGUGAAUGUCUGGGCUAUCAAUAGGGAUCCUAAAUAUUGGGAUGAUGCUGAGACAUUCAAACCUGACAGAUUUGAGGAUGGCAAGGUUGAUUUUAAAGGAACAGACUUUGAGUUCACACCCUUUGGUGCGGGUCGGAGGAUGUGCCCGGGCAUGGCAUUCGCACAGGCCAGCAUGGAGCUUGUACUUGCAGCACUCCUAUAUCACUUUGAUUGGGAGCUCCCGAGCGGAUUGGGGCCGAGCCAAGUAGACAUGACGGAGGAGAUGGGAAUUACUGCACGAAGGAAGCAUGAUCUUUACCUGCAUCCAGUUGUUCGUGUGCCCCAGCAAGCAUGAUUCACACUUGCUAGCAGCAUUAAUUUAGACUUUGCCAAGUCAAUAUAUGUAAAACGUUUUUAGUGGCUAUAAGUAAAACUUGAAUAAAUAAAGAGGCCACGUACGCAUGGGUACCUGAUGUAAUUACUUAUAGAGUGUGAGUCCGGGUAUAAUAGUUUACGUUGUUGUUGGAACCUCUGGAAACAUCGCCAUGAAGUGGUGUUGGAUGGAGCCACACCAAGCAUGGCGAGACUCCGCGCGGCUUCAAAUUUGUAAUGAAGCAUAUGUUGCUUCCAUUUGGUGCCAUACCGUACCCUUUCUCCAAUGUAAUAAAAUUUGUACUUGUGACGCUUACAUCUUUUAGGCUGACAUGUGUUUGUCAGCGUCUGAGCAAUAUGUCAGCCUAAAAAACCGCUAAAAACAAACACACAUUUAAAAUUCAGAAAAAUGUUACCUUAGUAAAUCGAAUUCUGAGAAGUUGCAUUGCAUCUUGGCAUCCUAAGAUCUCUUUGGCGCUGGGAGCGAGACGUCAUCGGAUGCCAUCCGAUCCAAUGGGCCAUGUCGGAGCUAGCUCUAACCCGGAGGUGAUGAA